UUGAAUAAAGCGACGCUUCAGUGGUUUGUUUUGAAAAUAUUCAGAAAAAAAUUUUACCAAAAUUAAUUAAUUUUAAGCAUAAAUCAUUCCUGUAUUAUGGAUAAUCAAGACAAUGCAGACAAACUUAACGAGAAUCAAAAGAAUUUGCAUAAAGUCAGAUGCCAGUUCUGCAAUAGCUUAAUAAUGUUGAAUAAUGUUGGGACAUUUAUAGAAAGUGAAUUCUCACUACCGCUGAUGCAUCAAAAGCACUCAAAAUCAAUUGAUGAGUUUGAUUCCGAAAAUUUUAAGGAGUAUUGGAUCAUCGAGGAUAUGUUUCAUUUUGAAAACAUAGGCUUUUCAAUUAGCGUUGGAAAUUAUAAAUAUCUUAUAUGUGCUGAUUGUGAAAUGGGACCUUUUGGCUAUCAUGAUUUAUCAACUAAACGAAGUUAUGUAGCAUUAAAACGAGUAAAGCAUGAGCAUUAAAGUUUUUU